AUGCCGAACUCCAAUCUCGCCGCCUAUCUCGCAAAGAACUACCUCACCGCGUCGACCCCUUCUUCCCGUCCAGACGCAGACGCAGACGCAGCCGCAGACUUUGCAGACUCGACACGCCCGAAGAAGAAGCGGAAGAAGACGAACAAAGACGUCGGCGCCGGCGGCCUCAUCAUCGCAGACGACGACGAAGAUCUGUCUCUUUCCGUACAACACGGUGAUGGCGACGAUGCCAACGAUGUCCCGGUCUUCGAAACAGGCGUCAGGUCGGCCGAGUUCCGCAAGAAGAAGAGCGGAAGUGGUUGGAAAGUAGUGUCCGCUCCCACUCCUGAAACUACUGCUACGACACGACAAGGACACUCUCAUGCACAUGCACAUGCACAUGCACAUACGCGCACCGGUUCUGACGCCGAAGCAGCCGCCGAAGCAGACCGCAUCCUCGCCGAAGCCGAAGAAGAAGCAACCUUCCGUCGCCGCGCACUUGAAGACGAAGACGCCCCCGCCGUAGUAGACGGGAUUGAUGACGAAACCGGGGUCGGGAGAUCUUCUCAUCCUCAUCCUCAUGUUCCGGUGAUGGCAAUGGCGUCUGGAGUCCGAGCAGGCCUACAAACGGCCGCAGACACAGCAGCCCUGAUGGAACGUGAGAAAGAAAAAGAACGAGAAGAACAAGAACAACGUCAACUGCGCAAGAAAUCCAAACACUCCAGACAUAAAGAGACACCGGAAGAAGAAGAAACAAUCUAUCGCGAUGCCACGGGCCGUCGUAUCGAUAUUAGCAUGAAACGCGCCGAGGCGCGGGCGGCGGAACAAGAGAAGCUCCGCGCAGAACGGAAGGCGCGCGAAGAGGCCAUGGGCGACGUGCAGCGGCGCGAGAAGGAGGCGCGGAAACAGCAGCUCGAAGAGGCCAAGUUCAUGACCCUCGCCAGGGGCGCGGAUGAUGAGGAAAUGAACGAUAUGUUGCGCAAGCAGAGACGGUGGGAUGAUCCCAUGGCCGGAUAUAUUGCGCAAAGGGAAGCCGAGGAAGAAGAAGAAACAGAAAAAGGAGUCUAUACAGGCCACGCCCCGCCGAAUCGCUACGGUAUAGCACCCGGGUGGAGGUGGGAUGGCGUCGAUCGCAGCACCGGGUUCGAGAAGGAAUGGUUCCAGGCUCGCUCGAAGAGUGCUAGGGUCGAGGAAUUGAAGUAUCAAUGGCAGAUGGAUGAAUAA